AUGUCACAGCGAUUUACGCAAGGAAUUGAUGCUACUGAAGAAAGCAUGCAGUCAGCUUUGGAAUCUAUAAAUGCCCGACUGAAUGCUCCGCAUCAGAUUAAGGAACGUAUUGCUGAGAUCUCGGAAACGCUACGAGUCGAAGACACCAACCUGAGGAAUUCGUUAUCAAAGGACACGGGUUUCAUAGACGAGGCCGAUGCACUGAACUUGAAAAAAUACCUGGAUAGGUGCCAAGAUGGUUUGGAAAGCCUCGUUGCUGUAUUGAACUCUAAUUUGGAGGAUAUACAGUUAAUGGCAGCUGCUGUGGAUGCCUGA